GGGGGGGGUGCCUGUGCGGAAUCGUGCAGGUUUUUUAUUUUUAUUAUUAUUAUUUUAUCUUUUUUUGGGAGUGGGAACGGGGGCGCGUAUGACAGGAAGAUGGGGACAUGGCGAGGAGAGGGGGAUAUGGAGGAUGUGGACGAGGAGAAGGACGAGGAUAGUGAGGACGACGAGGAGUCGUCGAGAUGGGGGAGGAGAAGAGAUGGACGGAAGGAAAGGAGGAGGGCAAGUGGGAGGAGGAGGCGACAUGGACGGCGAGGAAGGGGAGGACACGAGGAAGGGAAGGUGACAAGGAGGCAUGGAAGAUUUGGAAGUACGAGGAGGAGGAGGACGAACAGGAGGAGGAGGAGGAGGAGACGAAAGGAGAAGGGAGGAGGAGACAUGGAGGAUGAGGAAGGGAAGGAGGAGCAAGGUGAGGCAUUGAAGAAGCAUGGAUCUGAGUUGGAUUAUUACGCUAUUCUUGGAAUACCGUCGUCAAGCACUUUGUCAGAUGUUCGAUCCGCGUACAGGAAGCUUGCACUGAAAUAUCAUCCUGACAAAAGUGGUGCGGAAAAGGAGGCAAUCUUCAAAUACAUCUCGACGGCAUAUAGGAUCUUGUCAGACCCUCUCAGCCGAGGCAGAUACGACGUAGCCGUAGCAAGUCAUGCUGAGAGACAUCAUAGUAGAAGCAGGUGUACAGACCGCACGUUGUUCCAUUGUUGUGGUGCUCGUCUUGAAGAGGCAGAGGCAAAGACGCAUGACACACCGACUACGCGCAUGAGGGCACACGUCGAGGACAUGACAACGCAUGUUCAAGUGUGGAGAACCACCCACCCACGACCAGAUGUGCACCGGUCACUGCAGCUUCUGACGUCAGGUGAAACGGAGGACGUGGAUAAGCACGAGAGCAAGAUCCAGUUCCCGACCUCCUGAGUAUAUGGUGGUGCUGGUUGCGGCACGCUUCCUGAUGGAAACAGCAGCGGAAAGAGCGGGUCACGGAUAUACUCCAUGCCAUCGU